CCCCGCCCUCCGCUCGGCUCUCUCCGUUAGCAUUAGCACGUUAGCUUGCAGCAGCUGUCGGCGGCAGUCAGCCAGUCUUUCACCGGCCGUCGUCCGCCUUCUCGCCCGCAAGGAAGUCGGUGGACGGCCGCCCCCCCACCCCCCUGUGAUCCAGUCUAGGAAGAAGCUGUGGGAUAUGGCCAGACCAGAACAAGUCCUGCUGCUGGAGCCGCAACACGAACUCCGGUUCCGAGGUCCCUUCACCGACGUGGUGACGUCCACUCUGAAGCUGACCAACCCCACAGACAGAAAUGUGUGCUUCAAAGUGAGGACCACGGCCCCCCGCAGAUACUGUGUGCGACCCAACAAUGGCAUCAUGGAUGCUGGCACUUCCAUCCUUCUUUCUGUCAUGCUGCAGCCUUUCGACUACGACCCCAACGAGAAGAGCAAACACAAAUUCAUGGUCAUGUCCAUGCUGGCUCCUCACGACAUGACGGACAUGGAGGGAGUGUGGAAGGACGCCAAGCCAGAGGAGCUGAUGGACUCCAGGUUGAGAUGUGCCUUCGACAUGCCGCUAGAUGCCAAAACUGAGAACGAUGGGCUCCGGAAGAGGAAGACCACCUCAGUGGCCCUGCCCCUUGACUCCGCCCCCAUCAUGGCGGCCAGGGAGGAAGGCCUGCUGAGCAGUCGUGUGUUGGCACUGUGUGUGCUCUUCUUCGUGCUGGGAGUCAUCCUGGGAAAACUUAUCCUGUAGACUUCAUCAUGGACAUGUUGAUGACCAUGUCUUCUUCUCCUCCUCCUCCAUGUUGUCAUCAUGUUGUAAGGAUGGAGAUGAAGUGUGAAUGUUGACAAGGAUGCAGCAGACAUGACUCAUGAUGCACUCAAUGCUUACAAAACACACACACACACACACACGUAUCCUCUCUCUGAUUCAAAGAUGACUUUUUUUCCCCCAGACUGCACUUUUUCUAGCGAUGUUCCUGAGCAGUGAACUUCAUGUCAAUACUUGGAUGCUAAAUUAUACUUUAAACAUCAUCAUGAUGAUGAUGAUGAUGAUGAUAAUGAGAGGUGUGUUUAUACUCACUGUACAACCACAAUGCUUCUGCUGUUUAUGAUAAA